UCUCUCUCCCUCCUCUUUCUCUUGGGAUGAAAGAGAAAUUCUUCUGUUUUAAGAUUGCAUUGCAGAGGGAUCUGCCCCCUCCUCUCUCUCUCUCAUCCAUCACUGUCACCCUUUUUCCUCUGCUCUCUGCUCUGCUCUGCACUAUAUAUCUCUUCCCAACGCCUUUUGGAUUUUCCUUCUUUCUCUCAACGAUUCCACGCACAGAUUGCCGUUUCUUCGCCAUCUGAAACCACGCAAUGUCCGCCAUUAAACACGAAGAUCCUCGCAUCCAUGGCAUUAGAACCAGUAUCCGCGUCGUUCCUGAUUUCCCCAAACCAGGUAUCAUGUUCCAAGACAUUACCACUCUGUUGCUCCAGCCAAAGGCCUUCAAGGACGCGAUUGACAUGUUCGUGGAGCGAUACAAGGGGAAAAACAUCUCCGUCGUUGCAGGAAUUGAAGCGCGAGGGUUUAUUUUUGGUCCUCCAAUUGCGUUGGCUAUUGGAGCAAAGUUUGUGCCCCUGAGAAAACCAAAGAAAUUGCCUGGAAAAGUAAUGUCUGAGGAGUACAUCUUGGAAUAUGGAAGGGAUUGCCUUGAGAUGCAUGUUGGCGCUGUCGAGGCCGGCGAAUGUGCUUUGGUUGUUGAUGACUUGAUUGCCACUGGUGGAACUCUCUGUGCAGCCAUCAAUUUACUUGAAAGAGCUGGGGCAGAAGUAGUUGAAUGUGCAUGCGUGAUUGAAUUGCCGGAGUUAAAGGGUCGAGAGAGAUUAAAUGGGAAGGCAGUGUACGUUUUAGUGGAGUACCGAUGAUUGGUUUGCGGCGGAUGUGUACAAACAUUAGAGCCAGAGGAGCAGAGCAGCUAGUUUGUUCUUGCCGGAAGCAUUUUGAUCUCUCCAUCUGUGUUCCUGUUCCUGUCUAAUCCAUGAAUUAUUCUGUGUUCUGAAACUUGUAAGUUCUCUUUCUUUCUAGGGACAACCCUCCCUUAUGAUCACCGUUCUUUCUCCAAUUUACUUGGAGUUGUUUCUUUUCUGCUUUGCAGAUUUCAAAUUUAAUGGCUAUAUUUGUUGCUGAAGGUAUUGUAAUUGAGGGUAGGGGGGUUAUUUGAACCUAGAACAAGAGCAAGUUUGUGUAUGUCACCAUAUUUUAUUUGAUUGUUCUAUGUGCAGCAUAUCUUGACUUCAAAACUGCUGGGUUUUUGCUCGGUAAAAUAUUAGAAGAGCAAAAAUCUCACAUCUGAAAAACUUAAUCGUUUUAAGCUUGUUGUGUUGAGUGGUAUAAAUCUUUGAGAGAAUUGAGGUUGGGAACGGAAUUUUGUAUGAUAAGUACUGGAUUUGGAUUUC